UUUAAUUCAGAAAAUCAGAUUGAAUUAGUAGAUCGAUUAUCUUUGCAAAAAAACAUUAGUGAAAAAAGAGAAAAUUCAAAAUUGUGCGUAUAUGAUACAUAAUGUAAAUAUUUUAUGAACCAAAUACGAGUAUUGAUCAAACAAUGCUAUAUUAUAUGUUUGCACAUAAAAGAGUAUAUAGUUAUAUAGUUUGUAGACUUUAAACGAAAUAGUAAGUAUUUUUUUUUUAUUUCUACAUUUCAGUUAAAUACUAAUAAGUUAAUUUAUAAAAAAUAUUUGAAAUUCAUAUUUUUUGUGAACGUAAAAAUGAUUUUCAUUACAUUUUAUAUAUUUAUAGUGGUUGAUGAGCCAACAUUGUUAGAAAAAAGGCUGUGUGAAGCUUUUGAUGUAUUUGAUAAUGCAAGAAAUAAUGAGGUGGAUGUUAGAGAUUUGGGUACUAUUAUAAGAGCAUUAGGAUGUGUUGUUACAGAAGCAGAAUUACAAGAAAUACAAGUUCAAGUGGAAGAUGUAGUAAAUAAUUGUGUACCAUUAAACAAAUAUGUAGAAUAUAUGCACAAAGCAAUUAGUGAACGCAAAUUUAAACCUGCAGAACCUGAAGAUCUAUUAAAAGCAUUUCAAUUACUGGAUCCCGAUAAUCGUGGUUAUAUUAUGAAAGAUGAUCUAGAAAAAGCUCUAAUGGAAAUGGGAGAGCCUUUUACUAAAGAUGAAGUGGCUGAUAUGAUGGCAAUUGCUUGUGAUCCGGCAACAAAAAAAAUUCAUUAUGAAUAUUAUAUCAAUUUAUUGAUUGUAUGUAUGAUUAUUUUCAUUGUAUAAGUUAUGAGAUUUUCUUUACCAAUCGCAAUCAAAUAAUUGUCAUAUUUAUAUCAACGAAAGAUAUAUGAUUUAAAUGAAAUACCUGAAGAUAUAUCUCUUCAAUAUAUAUAUUAAGAAUUUAACCACUUAUAGGUAAAAAUGCCAAAAAAUGAAAAUGUAUAUUCAAUUCUUCAUCAAAUGGAAAUAGAUAAAUUAGCAUCUAUGCCAAAAAAACGUAGAUUAGAAAGUCUUCUUAUGGAAGUUGAAGAAAAAGAACUUAAUACUUAACAGUAUUAUUUAUUAAAUGAUAAAACUUAAUUUUACAUUUGAAAUCCUUUAAAAAUCUUAUAAUAAUUUUAUAUCAAUACAAAUUAAAUUUUUG